GACGAUCUUAGCCUGUUGGUAUCUUUCAGUGUCAUGGCUCCCUGUCGAAUGUAGUCGUUUAGCUUUCAUCAAAAUCAUCGUAAAAACGGAAUAUUUCUUCAGUCACUUUGUGAAAUAAGGGUUUUAAUCGAUUUGUUUUUGAGUGUUCGUUUAGCUAACAUGGCUGGAAGUAGCACAGCGCAGAAAACAUGGGAGCUGACUAACAGCAUGCAGGAAGUUCAGAGCAUAGAUGAAAUUUACAAAUACGACAAAAAGCAACAACAAGAAAUCUUGGCUGCGAAACCUUGGACGAAGGAUCAUCACUAUUUCAAGUACUGUAAGAUCUCAGCUUUGGCCUUGCUGAAGAUGGUGAUGCACGCCAGGUCUGGCGGAAACCUGGAGGUGAUGGGUCUCAUGCUGGGGAAGGUGGACGGUGAAACCAUGAUUAUUAUGGACAGCUUUGCCUUACCCGUGGAGGGCACAGAAACCCGGGUCAAUGCCCAGGCUGCAGCAUAUGAAUACAUGGCUGCCUACAUUGAAAAUGCCAAACAGGUUGGUCGUUUGGAGAAUGCUAUUGGCUGGUACCACAGUCACCCAGGCUACGGAUGCUGGCUGUCAGGCAUCGAUGUCAGCACUCAGAUGCUCAAUCAGCAAUUUCAGGAACCUUUUGUGGCUGUUGUGAUCGACCCCACUCGGACUAUUUCUGCAGGGAAAGUCAACCUCGGUGCUUUCAGAACCUACCCAAAGGGUUACAAACCUCCAGAUGAAGGACCCUCUGAAUAUCAAACAAUCCCCCUGAACAAGAUUGAAGACUUUGGUGUGCACUGUAAACAGUAUUAUGCCUUGGAGGUAACUUACUUUAAGUCCUCCCUUGAUAGAAAGCUCUUGGAACUCCUGUGGAACAAAUACUGGGUCAAUACCUUAAGUUCCUCAAGCCUCCUCACGAACUCAGACUACACCACAGGCCAGGUGUUUGACCUGUCCGAGAAGCUGGAGCAAUCGGAGGCACAGCUGGGCCGAGGCAGCUUCAUGCUUGGGUUGGACACACAUGAUCGCAAGUCUGAGGACAAACUGGCCAAAGCAACACGAGAUAGCUGCAAGACGACCAUAGAGGCAAUUCACGGUCUGAUGUCUCAAGUUAUUAAGGACAAACUCUUCAACCAAAUCAACACAUCUGUCAAUUAGAAAUUAACUGUGCAGCAUUUGAAUUUCACUUGGAAUAUUUUCUUGCGCAUGUCUAGCAGACUGCUAUGAUUAGAAUAUCUUAUUUCCCUUUCAGGUAUUAUUUUCUUUAACUGUUGUGUGAUUUCAGGAAUGCAGUCAGAAUACAUGUUUUAAAAAAUAAAAUAUGAAAACUCAA